CAGCUGGAAUCAUGAAGGGCAAGUAUGUGGAACUUACACCAUAAUAUAUUUACCCGUACAGAAACCAGGGUGGUUUUGAUAUGAUAUGUAGUGGAAGAGAUAAGAUUGAAACUCCAGAGCAGUUUCAACAAGCUGCAGAUACUGCCGCGAAGCUUGAUUUGGAUGGACUUCUUGUUAUUGGUGGGGAUGACUCUAACACAAAUGCCUGCCUCCUUGCUGAGAAUUUCAGGGGAAAGAAUUUGAAAACUCAGGUGAUUGGGUGUCCAAAAACCAUUGAUGGUGACUUGAAAUGCAAAGAAGUCCCAAUAAGUUUUGGGUUUGAUACUGCUUGCAAGAUAUAUGCAGAAAUGAUUGGAAAUGUCAUGAUAGAUGCCAGAUCAACUGGAAAAUAUUAUCACUUUGUGCGGCUUAUGGGGCGUGCAGCUUCACACAUAACACUUGAAUGUGCUUUGCAAACUCAUCCAAACAUUACAAUUGUUGGAGAAGAGGUACCUUUGUAG